CCCUUCUUUACUUUUUUGUGCCUUCCCUUAAAGUUGAUUAGCAUGAUAUUAUUGGUGGCUGAAACUUUUAGGAAUUUGCAUUUUUUGCUCAAUUUGUUUAGCACGAUGACAUAUGUUACUUCUCAAUGCUCUAUGACCAGCUAUUCUUUGCAACAGGUCUGUAUGGAAAUGUUCUUAAGAUCUAUAAUAUCACUUGAUUAUUCAAACUAUAGAUUCAUCUCCCAAAAAAAUUAAAUGCAAUGACGAGUACCAUUCUAAUUUUUUCCUGAUUGCAUAUAGUGAAAAGUGAAAACUAUAAAAUAAGCUUCAUAUGAUUUUGUCAUAGAACUCUAGAAAUAGCUAAACAAAGACAAUUAUACAUAAUUUUAAGUAUUUUUUGGAAGAAUUUCUGAGUUUUGAAUUUUGUUUUUGAUAGUGAAAAGGAAGUUUUCUCAAAGGAAGUUUCAAUUGCAUGAAUGAGGAUAAAAGUUGUGGGAAAUUUCUCAUAAUUUUCUUCUGUUUGCCAUUCAUUUAUAGGUGGUUCACUUUUCCUUUUUGAUCGCAAGGUGCUAAGAUACUUCAGAAAAGAUGGCCAUACCUGGAGGAAAAAGAAAGAUGGAAAGACAGUGAAAGAAGCUCAUGAGAGGCUCAAGGGAACUUUCUCACAUAGUACUUGUCCACUAUCGAGAAGUAAAGGGAAACAGGACAAACUUUAACCGCAUUAAACAGAAUGAAGAUGCUACUGCUCGUCACCAAGAGACUGAAGAUUCUUUACCCAAUUCUGAGAUGGACACCUCUGUUUCAUCCAAUUUUCAUCAUGAUAGUAAUCAGGUACCUGCACAAACUACAGACACAGUAAGCAUGACAAGUGCUCAGGCAUCUGAAUAUGAAGAUGCUGAAUCAGUGUAUAAUCACCAAGCAACUUCUGGAUUUCAUGCUUUUCUUGAGAUGCAUCAACCUGCAACAGAGAAUAUUAAUGCUGGCCUUUCUAAUCAUCAUGAUCCUGGGUUGAUUUCAAGUAAUUAUCAAGAGAAGCUGCCAGCCGUUCGUAGAAGGGAGUUUGUUUCUGAGGUGGAUAAAACUGAAGAGACCAAUCAGGCUGCAUUAGCAUAUCAGCCCCAGAAACAUUUUGACUUACCCUCACGGGAGGACGUAUUAGAAAAUUAUGCUCCUGGUACUGAAACUUCAACAUUUCAGCAUCCAUUUUCCUCACAAGCUCUUCCUGCAGGAAUCAUUCCUAAACAGGAAGAGGAAAUUCUGAGACAGCUUUUUACCUAUAAUUUGGAUAAAAAGCAGGAGCCUUGGAGUCAUUUACCAGUUCAGAGAGAGUGGAAUACGUUUGAAGGUGCUUCUUCACAUUUCUCAAAAAGAGUCGUAGAUCAAAAGUUUCAUCCAGACUUGACAUAUGACUUCAGUACGGCUAGUUCUCGUGAAAAAGAAUUUACUAGUGGUGAUUUACUCAAUACACUGGAUCGUUUAGAAACACGAGAGGGUGAUCAUCCUGUACAACAUGAUGUUCAACCUCAGCUUUCAAAUACAGAGUAUAACAUGACCCUCGAGGGAAAGUCCAUAUGCUCUUUAGCGGCCAAGCAGCAUCUGUUUGAUCAUUCUCUAUCCGGAGAAGGUCUAAAGAAGCUUGAUAGUUUCAACCGAUGGAUGAGCAAGGAACUCGGAGAUGUUAAUGCAUCACAUGUGCAUUCCACUUCUGCGGCCUAUUGGGAUGCAGUUGAAAGUGAGAACGUGAUGGACGUUGCCAAAAUUCCUUCUCAAAUGCACUUGGAUACCUAUGUACUGGGGCCUUCUCUCUCCAACCACCAGCUUUUUAGCAUUAUUGAUUUUUCACCAAACUGGACAUAUAUAGGCUCAGAGGUUAAGGUUUUCGUCACUGGACGAUUCUUAAAUGAUCGAGAAGAAGCAGAAAAUUUAAAAUGGUCAUGUAUGUUUGGGGAAGUUGAAGUUCAAGCUGACGUUAUAGCUGAUGGUGUUCUUUGUUGUCAGACUCCUUUAAACAAGGCUGGGACAGUUCCUUUCUAUGUUACCUGUUCAGAUAGGGUAGCAUGUAGUGAAGUGCGUGAAUUUGAAUUCCGACUCGGCCAUAUCCAAGAUAUGAACAUCAAUGAAAAUUAUAGCAACAGCACUAGUAGUGUACAUCUUCACAUGCGAUUUGGGAAAUUUUUGUCUCUUAGUUCUGCCCCUGUUCCGGAAUUCGACACUAGUGAUAUUGGCCAAUCCUCCCAAUUGAGCAACAAAAUCAGUUCAUUUCUCAAAGAGGAUACUGAUGAAUGGGAUCAACUGUUAAAUCUUACUACAGAAGGAGUUUCCUUGGAAAGAGUUAAGGAAGAAUUUCUUCAAAAGCUACUCAAAGACAAGUUACACGUUUGGCUCUUACAGAAGGCAGCUGAGGGUGGAAAAGGCCCUAGUGUAUUGGAUGAAGGUGGUCAGGGAGUGCUGCAUUUUGCAGCUGCUCUUGGAUAUGACUGGGCCCUUGAACCUACAAUAAUUGCAGGUGUAAGUGUCAACUUCCGUGAUGCAAAUGGAUGGACUGCACUGCACUGGGCAGCAUCUUGUGGCAGAGAGCGCACAGUUGCAUCCCUCAUUCUUCUUGGCGCAGCUCCUGGAGUAUUAACAGAUCCAACUCCCAAAUACCCUGAUGGUAGAACACCUGCUGACCUAGCUUCUGCUGAAGGACACAAAGGCAUUGCUGGUUAUCUCGCAGAAUCUGCUCUGAGUGCUCAUCUUUCUUCUCUUAAUCUGGAUAAGCAAGAUAAUGAUAAGGCAGAAAUAUCCGGAGCAAAAUCAGCGCAGAUAGUUCCAGCUCAUAUGACAAGUAUUAGUAAUGAGGACUUGCCAUCUGGGCAGUCAUUGAAGGACUCGUUAGCUGCUGUUUGUAAUGCUACGCAAACAGCUGCUCGCAUUCACCAAGUCUUUAGGGUACAAUCCUUCCAAAAGAAGCAAUUUAAAGAGAUUGGUGGUGAUAAAUUUGGAAUAUCAAAUGAACGCGCUCUUUCACUGAUUGGGGUCAAGGCAAACAAGCAGGGACAGAAUGACGAGCCAGUGCAUGCUGCUGCAGUACGGAUUCAAAAUAAGUUCCGUGGUUGGAAGGGUAGAAAGGAAUUCUUGAUAAUUCGGCAGCGAAUUGUCAAAAUUCAGGCCCAUGUGAGAGGCCACCAGGUCAGGAAAAACUAUAGAAAGAUAGUAUGGUCGGUGGGAAUAGUGGAAAAAGUGAUUUUGCGGUGGAGACGAAAACGAAGUGGCUUGCGUGGAUUUAAAUCAGAAGCACUUACCGAGGGUCCCAGCAAAACAGAUACAAUGUCAAAAGAGGAGGAUGAUGAUUUCUUUAAAGAAGGCAGAAAGCAAACAGAAGCAAGAUCAAAGAUAGCCCUUGCAAGGGUGAAAUCCAUGCACCAAAAUCCCGAGGCAAGAGAUCAAUAUCGCAGGCUGCUAAAUGUUGUGAACGAAAUCCAGGAAAAUAAGGCUGUGCCCAACAACAAUACCGAUUCUGAAGCAAUGGCGGAGUUUGAUGAUCUGAUUGACCUUGAUGCCUUACUGGAUGACGACACUUUCAUGCAUGUAGCUUCUUGAGCCAACUUUUUUCGGUUCAUUAUAUGUUCUUUUGCUGUUUUAAAAUUCAUUUGUAAAUAUUCCAAACGGAGUUAUUAGGAUUAGUACUGCUACAAUGAUGAAAUAAUUUUAUCAAAUGGAAGCAAUUGAAGAUAGAUUUAGUGCCAAUGUGUAAUAAGUCCAUGGACAGUGUAUGAAGUUCAUUUGCGACUCGAUGUUAAUGGUGGCUUCUGCUA